GAGUCACGAAAAGCAAUGUGUACGCCGGAGGACGACGCCGCCACCCCGCCCGCGUACGUCGAGAAAGGGAGCCAUCUGAAGAAGGUCGUCGCCGUCGGAAAGCGCGCUGUGAGUGGGCGGGAUUUCCGCCGAGGUUGCGGGUGACCCUUCGGCGUCCUUCUGGGGAAGCGGAGCCAGCUUGAGGGAGAUUUGCGGCGAUGGGGCGGCAGGAUGAGAAGGCGCUGGAGGGCCGGAGCGGGGACCCCGAGGAGGAGGAGGAGGAAGAAGAACUUGUGGAUCCUUUAACUACUCUAAGGGAGCAUUGUGAACAGAUUGAGAAAUGUGUGAAAGCUCGGGAACGUUUAGAGGAGUGUAAUGCUCGAGUGUCAUCCAAGUCCAAUACAGAGGAGAAGUGUACAGAGGAACUCUUUGACUUCUUGCAUGCUAGAGACCAUUGUGUGGCUCAUAAACUCUUCAGCAAAUUGAAAUAAAUGUUAAUAUAAGCCUGUGUCGUCCUCAUGCAUAGCUGAUGAAAACCUGAGUGUUCAGUUUGAGUAAACAUGCAGCUCUGCACAUGUGAUAUGAAAGUGAAUGCAACUAGCUCUGUGGUAAAUCUGGGAGAAUUUAAGAGUUGCCAUCAGGAUACAUCUGUUAUGUAGAAGAUUUGUGGCUGCUUAACAAAGUGUUUCUGUAGACUUCUGAUAUUAAAGAUAUUUCCUGUCAAA